GUCCUUACAUGGUGCACAGCUCUUCCGUACGGCCCCGCAGCUCUUGCAGGCCCCGCGCGGCCUGAGCCUGCUCGCGCUGCGCUCGCUCCCACUGGCCCAGGAAGCUGUCGAUCCUGCCGCCUAGGCCCCCGAGCAGCCGUAGGGCCUCCUGCACGGCCCCCUCCUCCUGAUGCCACCGGGCGGUCAGUGAGGACACCUCCCUCCUGUAAGGGUAGAGGUAUCCUGGCCUUCUCUCGGCCUGCCUCCCAGCCCCACAUCAGCUCCUCCAGACACUGCCUCCUCAAGAUACCGCUCGCGCCAACCCUGUCCCCCGGAGUUGGAGCCUCCAAAGACCUGCCACGUCCCAAAACCCGCCCACCUCAUUUUCACCAGACGCGGACCCCCCUGCCACCGUGGGCCCUAUGUUCAAAACUCGGUUCUUCGAAGUCCUGCCCUUCCGGGUCACCGCCCCCAGAACGCUCCUCUUCGAGGCUCCACCCCCUGGGCCCAUCCCAGGAUCCCACUCACCUCAGCUCCUCAAGCAGGGAAUUGCAGGCGCCACUCCACCUAUCCUAGCCCAGCCGAGGGACAACCUCCUGCUCCUUCCUUCUCUACGGAUCGUCGCCCUCCUCCCGCCCCCACAACAGCCCAAUCGGGGGUGGGAGUCGGACUGGCCCGGCGAAUCCUCGACGCCUGCGGGGGCGGUCUACCCGCCCAUGGGCCUCAAUCAACGUAAGAGCAAGGAGGCGGAGAUUAAGAGAAUCAACAAGGAACUGGCCAACAUCCGCUCCAAGUUCAAGGGGGACAAAGCCUUGGACGGCUACAGCAAGAAAAAGUAUGUGUGUAAACUGCUCUUCAUUUUCCUGCUCGGCCACGACAUCGACUUUGGGCACAUGGAGGCCGUGAACCUGCUGAGCUCCAACAAGUACACGGAGAAGCAGAUAGGUUACCUGUUCAUCUCGGUGCUGGUGAACUCCAACUCGGAGCUGAUCCGGCUCAUCAACAACGCCAUCAAGAAUGACCUGGCCAGCCGCAACCCCACCUUCAUGUGCCUGGCCCUGCACUGCAUCGCCAACGUGGGCAGCCGUGAGAUGGGCGAGGCCUUUGCCGCUGACAUCCCUCGCAUCUUGGUGGCUGGGGACAGCAUGGACAGUGUGAAGCAGAGUGCAGCCCUGUGCCUGCUGCGGCUCUACAAGGCCUCACCCGACCUGGUGCCCAUGGGCGAGUGGACGGCCCGCGUGGUGCACCUGCUCAAUGACCAGCACAUGGGCGUGGUCACAGCCGCUGUCAGCCUCAUCACUUGUCUCUGCAAGAAGAACCCGGAUGACUUCAAGACAUGCAUCUCCCUGGCUGUGUCUCGCCUGAGCCGGAUCGUCUCCUCGGCCUCUACCGACCUCCAGGACUACACCUACUACUUCGUCCCGGCACCCUGGCUCUCGGUGAAGCUCCUGCGGCUGCUGCAGUGCUACCCCCCGCCAGAGGACGCGGCCGUGAAGGGGCGGCUGGUGGAGUGUCUGGAGACCGUGCUCAACAAGGCCCAGGAGCCGCCCAAGUCCAAGAAGGUCCAGCACUCCAACGCCAAGAAUGCCAUCCUCUUUGAGACCAUCAGCCUCAUCAUCCACUACGACAGUGAGCCCAACCUCCUGGUCCGGGCCUGUAACCAGCUAGGCCAGUUCCUGCAGCACCGGGAGACCAACCUGCGCUACCUGGCCCUGGAGAGCAUGUGCACACUGGCCAGCUCCGAGUUCUCCCACGAGGCCGUCAAGACCCACAUUGACACCGUCAUCAACGCCCUCAAGACGGAGCGGGACGUCAGCGUGCGACAGCGGGCGGCCGACCUCCUCUAUGCCAUGUGCGACCGGAGCAAUGCCAAGCAGAUUGUGUCAGAGAUGCUGCGGUACCUGGAGACGGCCGACUACGCCAUCCGCGAAGAGAUCGUCCUAAAGGUGGCCAUCCUGGCUGAGAAGUACGCCGUGGACUACAGCUGGUACGUGGACACCAUCCUCAACCUCAUCCGCAUCGCGGGCGACUACGUGAGCGAGGAGGUGUGGUACCGCGUGCUACAGAUCGUCACCAACCGUGACGACGUCCAGGGCUACGCUGCCAAGACCGUCUUCGAGGCGCUCCAGGCCCCCGCCUGCCAUGAGAACAUGGUGAAAGUUGGCGGCUACAUCCUUGGGGAGUUUGGGAACCUGAUUGCUGGGGACCCUCGCUCCAGCCCCCCAGUGCAGUUCUCCCUGCUGCACUCCAAGUUCCACCUGUGCAGCGUGGCCACCCGGGCCCUGCUGCUGUCCACCUACAUCAAGUUCAUCAACCUCUUCCCGGAGACCAAGGCCACCAUCCAGGGUGUCCUGCGGGCCGGCUCCCAGCUGCGCAACGCCGACGUGGAGCUGCAGCAGCGCGCCGUCGAGUACCUCACCCUUAGCUCGGUGGCCAGCACGGACGUCCUGGCCACGGUGCUGGAGGAGAUGCCACCCUUCCCCGAGCGAGAGUCGUCCAUCCUGGCCAAGCUGAAACGCAAGAAAGGGCCAGGGGCCGGCAGUGCCCUGGAUGAUGGCCGGAGGGAGCCCAGCAGCCACGACAUCAAUGGGGGUGUGGAGCCCACCCCCAGCACCGUGUCCACGCCCUCACCCUCCGCCGACCUCCUGGGGCUGCGGGCAGCCCCUCCCCCAGCGGCACCCCCAGCUCCCUCGGGUGCGGGCAACCUCCUGGUGGACGUAUUCUCCGACGGCCCGGCCGCCCAGCCUAGCUUGGGGCCCACCCCCGAGGAGGCCUUCCUCAGCGAGCUGGAGCCGCCUGCCCCUGAGAGCCCCAUGGCUUUGCUGGCUGAUCCAGCUCCAGCUGCUGACCCAGGUCCUGAGGACAUUGGCCCGCCCAUCCCGGAAGCCGAUGAGCUGCUGAAUAAGUUCGUGUGCAGGAACAACGGGGUCCUGUUUGAGAACCAGCUGCUGCAGAUUGGAGUCAAGUCAGAGUUCCGGCAGAACUUGGGGCGCAUGUAUCUCUUCUAUGGCAACAAGACUUCAGUGCAGUUCCAGAACUUCUCUCCCACCGUGGUCCACCCUGGAGACCUCCAGACUCAUAUCCUGUCGGCCUGGCCCAGCCCCGCCCCUCCAGGUCCACCUUCCUGGCAGCUGGGAAGGAGAUGGACCCAGGUCCAGACCCCUGUUGGGCCCUCUUACUUGAAAGCCUGAGCCCGUGGUACUUCUCUGAGAUUUAGUGUCAUCUGUAAGAUGGGGUGGGCCUCUUUAACAGGACAGGAGAUGGUAGUGACAUGAUGUGAUAGGGAUGCAGGAGGUGUUACUUCUGGAAUCACAGCUGCUCUGGGCCUCAGUUGGUCCCUGUGAAGCCCCUCCCGUGUCCUGACCUCGUCUUCCAUCGGGCUCGACACCCGAUUCCAGUGCCUCCUGCCCUCGAAAGCCAGGCCUGGGGGGCUUGCUGCCAACCACGGCCUUCUCCUGUGUGUCCUGGGCCAGUCACUUGGCCUCUCUGAGCCUUGCUAUCCCUUCUGUGAAGUGUAGAUCUUCCUCCUCCUUUUCACAGGCUUGUUUUGAAUAUCAGUGUGGUUCGAAGACCCUGGAAGGGUGGCUGGCAUAAAGGAACUGCUUGAGCAGUGUCAUCAGUCCCCUGUCCCCCUUCUCUGGGCCUCAGUUUGCACAACUUGGAAAUUAGAGUGGUUAGACCCUAAAACUGAGGACCUUUUCAGUUCUUUGGUUCAUUCAGCAUUUCCAGAGGCCUUCUGUAGGCUCAGCUCUGUGCUGGGCAGGGCCCGGGGGAGAGAGACAUAAGACCCCGUCCUUGCCAGUGGGUUGUCGACACAAAGGCCACCAUUUUGGUGAACCUACCCUGUGCCACACACACUGACAAGUACUUGUGCUGGAUGAUUUCAUUGACUGCUGAGGACACUACGUCCAUUUCGCAGAUGAGGCUAAGAGAGGUUAAGUGACUUGCCCAUAGUAACCGAGGUGCUAAGAGCUGGGAUUCAAACCCAGGUCAGCCUUCAGAGCCAUGGUGUGACCUGUACCAUAAUGGAGGUGGCUGAGCCCACUAUGGAAGGCCAGAGGAGGCACCUAGGUCAGAGGUUUGGCUUAGGAAGGACUUUGGAGCUAGGCCUUGUACGAUGAGCCCUGGACGGC